AUGCGGUUUGGAUGCGCAGUAAGAUCAGCGCUGGUCGAGAAGGAUGAAUUCGAUGCCUUUGGAAAGUUGCCAGCAGGACUUCUUGAUCUCACUUUGGUUAGUCCCGGCUCCUAUAGGGAAUGCAUAGAACUUGUGGCUCCAUACGAUGUACACUACUGCUACGCAACGGCAACAGCUGUAAAGCAGAACAAUACAGCUGUUGGAGUCAACCUUGGCCUAAAAAUUGCUGUUUGCAUGCCAAAAAGCUGCAAUGAGGAGGAUAUCCCAAAAGUGCUAGACUCUCCCAAACUAGGAGGUCUGGUACCUAUGACAUUCACAUCAUCUUCAUGCGUGCCCACAUAUGUCAAACCCACAACGGCUUUUUGGAUUUUUAUGGGUUUUAUGGCAUUCUUCGUUUCUUGGGCUGCUCUAGCCACUGCUAUUGAUUUUAUCACGGAUGUGUAUGAUAUGAAAGUGGAUAGAGAAUCCAACUACAUGCGCAUGCUUUUUGUCUUUUCUGUCUACAGUAAUGGAGCGGCUAUACUUGAGACGAGUCCACAUAAAGAAGGAAAUCUAAAGUCCUUAGCGUCAAUUCGAUUUAUUUCGAUGACUUGGGUGGUCGCUGGACAUACGAUUGGACAAAAUGCUAUAGCUGCAGACUCACUGGGACCCGUGCUCACUCUGUGGAACCCAUUACUAUCUACGACCAUCACUAAUGCUUUCUUCUCUGUUGACACAUUCUUUCUACUAUCUGGUAUUCUUGUGUCCUACCUUUUCUUCAAGAAGCCAUCUCGAAGAAUGCUGAAAAGUCCAUUUACAUGGAUCAUGUUUUAUGUACAUCGAUAUAUCAGGCUGACUCCGCCCAUCAUGAUUUUCGUUGGCUUCUACACCGUGACGCUUCCUUUCGUCAAUGGACCAUGGACUGCGGCUACCGGCGGAAUAGCUGGGAACCAAGUCGCAACCUGCCAGAAGUACUGGUGGCGCAAUGCACUCUAUAUCAACAACUUCUUCGACAUGUCGGCGGAAUGCUACCCUAUCACUUGGUAUUUGGCAGUCGACACACAAAUGUACAUAACAGCACCAAUUUUCUUGGUUGCGUUGGCAUUAUUUCCAAUUCUAGGAGCCAUACUUCUCAUCUUAUGUGGCGCAGCCAGUAUCGCUUAUGUCUAUGUCAUCACUUUCCGAGAUGAUCUUCCCGCUACUGUUGUGGGGGCUUUAGCAUUCCCGAAGACAGCUUCAUUCUUCUCCGAGUAUUACGAAAAACCGUGGACUCGUUGCAUUCCAUAUCUCAUUGGUAUAGGCGUCGGUUACUUAUUAGCAACAGCGAAAAAGCCGAAAAUACACUUGCUCACUGCGCUAUUCUUAUGGACCAUAGCUGUAGGCGUCGCGUUAUUAUGUCUUUAUGGGCCGCACAAUUACAUAGAAGGAGUAGAUGAUUGGAGCGAACUCCUUAGAGCCUCCUACAACAACUUCUCUAAAGUGGGAUGGAGUUUGGCAGUCUCGUGGGUGAUCGUAGCCAACCAUUAUGGAUGGGGAGGACCAGUUGCAACUUUCAUGGAUCAUCCCCUUUGGAAGCCAUUGGGACGGCUAUCCUACUGUGGUUACAUAGUGCAUUAUUUUGUAAUUCAGUAUGUAUUCAAUCUCGACGAUAGGCCAGCUCACUACGUUUCUAUAUGGGAAGCAUACGUCUACCGAGUGAUCCCAGUCGUGGUGCUAUCCUAUAUUUUUGCAUUCUUUUGGAGCUGCCUAUUUGAAAGUUCCAUCAUAAAAUUGGAAAAAGUGCUACUCAGCAAGGCAGUGCUUAGCAAGAAUGGCAAGAGCAAAGAGCCGAUUGUGGAUGAGAAGAAGAACGGUCCAAGCUACACUUAUCGGCCGCAACCCUUCGAUAUAGAAAGUAUACGCUUGUAA